AUGAAUUGUUUUUAUUCGCUCGAAUACGAUGAGAAGUUGAAAGUUGCUAGGCCAGUGCGGUUUCUGCGAACGGGCACUUCAACGUCUGCGAAAUUGGGUAGACACUUGCUGGAAGAGGAAUUGUUGUUAUGGGCACUUUGUGUUUAUACUGAAGUCCCAGGCAUGUUGAUUUUAUUUGACGCGGCCAUGUUGGGCAUAGAAGUAGGUAAAGGUGGCAUUCCUCCAGUUGUGGAAGAAGCUGUAGUAAUGGAAGAAGAAGAUGUAGUAACUUGUCCUCCACCAGGUGCAGGUGCGGUGCUACCCACAGACCCAGAGCCACUAGCACCAAUUCCAGAUCCAGAUCCUCGCUUAGAGAGAUGAAGAAAAGGACUAGGUCAGUAACAUCUUCAUCAGUAAGUAAGUACAAUCAAGAAGGAAAGAGACACCCUACUGUUGAUACUGAAAUGUUAGCUACAUCCCAUUAGCCACAUCCCAUACUAGUCGUGAGAUGAAAUACUCUACUACAACGUUCUAAUACUGCAAAGAGGACAGGGCCAGGAUAGUUGUCCUUGUCACGAGGUGACUUGUCAAGACGUGACUUGUCCAGACGUGACUUGUCAAGACGUGACUUGUGGUCAAAGUCCAGUCAAUCAACACGAACUACAACAUGGAGGAAGAUGCGAUAGAGUUAAGAACGUUUGUUCUGUUGGAAGACAUUUGAUGACUUUGAAGACGUAUCGUCUAUUUGGGAUUCGACUUUUGAAGACAUCGCGUCUCUGCAGGGGUCCCUCGUCAAGUAGCGUCUAAUGGAAGUCGGCAGCACGUAACGGAAAUCACGUUGGACCAAGAAGAUACAUGUUUUGUUAUGGACAAUUUUGUUGUAGCACAUCUUCAUGAACCUAAAAAGUAGAUGUAGACGCUUCCACGCUACUAAAAAGUAGACGGUUUGUUAUUAAAAAAAAAUUAUCAUUCCGCUAAUUCCCGUGAUCCUCGUAGUUUUUUUGGUCUCCUGACCCCCUUUCUGCGGUUAUCUAGUGCCUGUUUUCGCGUCGAGAAUCCGUCAUCAAGUAAGCUUUUUCUUGCCGCACGAGCACGAGGACCUGAGAACUAUUCUUCACCCUCCCUUUGCAAGAGAAACGUGAUACAUGAGGGUGUGAAGCACCUGCUUUUAUGCACAGUGCAGUAUGAAACGGAUGAAUCCGAAGUCAUGUUUGCGAUCGAUAUUUUUGUGCACGUGACGUCGAGUAGUCCUCCGUGCUCGCGAUCGGAAACAAGUACAACUUGCAAUAACUACAAGAAGCUCAUCUACUUCGCGGGCAGUCCAACAGGUAGACACUCUGUGCCUAGUGACGAGAUUGUGACGACGAGUGCCGGUUCUACCUUCAUAGAAGGCUGCUCGAGCCCAUCAGGGACAGGGAAUAAAGAUGGAACCGACCAAACUCUGUUAUUAAGGCCUGCGUCCUAAUGCAUCCAGCUUCCGAGGAGCCAUCCUAGGAAAGAGGGUUUGUUUUCAAGAGGGUUUUCAUGUAGGUUAGACGUCAGUUUAGAUGAUUUUUCACGUACUAUUCGAACAAAGAUGUCUCUCAGGAUGCGUCUACUUCAAUCAGGGUAACAUUACUUAUCUAAUGGUAGUACAACUAGAUUCAUCUUCCGACAAGUACGCAGACUCUGACUCAGACACCUCGUUAUCUGCCCAACACGAGACAACGGACGAAUCAAUGGGCAGUUCGGAUGUUUCCUCCUAUCAUGAUGAGGAUUCAGGUCAUAGUCCUCACCAGGAAUCAACAUCAACUUUACUGAAUGACCAUAAGUUCACGACCGGAGAUUACGUUCAGGCACAAAGGCUGAACUCGGACUCCACAUUGUCACCCGCUAGCGACUCCUCGGGUGUAGAGUCCUGGGGUGUAGAGUCACCUGUCGCCUUCGACCAUCGACAGAAAGAUUCCAUUAAGAUUUGAAUGACUCUGUGAAUAUAAACACGUCAUAAGAUGGAUGAAGAUGAGGAAUUGCAUGAGGGAUAGCCAUUACAAGAUCAGACAGUACUAGCGGCUCUCUUGUACUGUAACUGUAAGAAAUAAAUGAAAAGCGCAGUAGUUCGUAGUCGAGGUAAAAAGAACAUGAAAAGGUACUAUCUUUUUGACUUUGACCUACUAAUUACGGAUCAUUUAUUCAUUUUCUUGAAUUCACCAGCUCUAAUCCUGGGCCACAAGGCAAAAGCAUUUUCUCUUCAGCAAGACCUUCAGCAAGAACUUCCACUUCAUCACUAGAAGGUGCAUCCGCUUCCACACCCUCCACACCGUUUGAUGUGCGCGUAACUUUUUAUCGCACGUACGGUACUAGUACUUAAGGACGGUCCUCACGGUUCUUUCCACAUAUUUUUUACAUCGACAUUCGUUGUGCAGAAUCCAUAACCUAACCUAACCUAACCUAACCGUGCCGUUAUAGGGGCGCCUUCAUGUUCUGAGAAAAAAUGUAAUGCUCCUGCAACCUUUAAAGUAGAACUAUGCCUCGUGCUGACGAACUGUUUCGAUUUGCGUUGGAGUACGUGCCCAUCGAUAUCAUCGCCAUCCUGAACAGUGGUUAUUUACGAGAUUUGGAAUUGGUGUCGAAGCAUGUCGUGAAUUUUCAGACACUAUAUGGAUACUAUUGGUACUAUUUUUUCCUCCAAGACUGACACAGACUGGACGGACGAUUCAGGCAUUCUCCUCGAGGGGACUCGAGGAACUGCAAGGAUGGUCUGUCAGUCUCUCGAGGUGGUGAGAAAAGAACACUUCUGAGGCUUUGAUAGAGCACUGAGUCUAGCGACACUGCAGACGACUUCUGCGAGAGGAGCUUUUAAAGGGUUUAGGGUUCACCACCACAACAGCAAUGACCUAAGCUUCGAGGAUUACGUGAAGGCGAUGCCGACAACCUUUGCACGCAAGAACGCUCUAUUGCAGCUGAGUCAUUUCUUAGCAGCUCGACAAGAACCGGUAGACGCAGCCGGAGACCAAGUUCAAGACCGAGGGGGCCCUUCGACUCAUGUAGUUAAGGCCGCUUCCCUGAAGCUGAAAUUGAUUGAUAUUUUCACUCGUUUCAUUCUUUUUUGAAUCAGUCUAUUUUAGGAUGGACUAUCUCCUAAUAUGAUGGACCAGAUAUUAAUAGAUACGGACGGAGGAAGAGGUCUUGUACCACACAUGGACGAUUUUAGAGGUUUCGGGUAUCUUUAGAUUCCUAUACGCAAUCUAUGGGUAUGUAUAAUUAUAUGCUCUAACUUCGGGGGACAACUCUUAUUUGAUCUCGACAUUUCUGCGACGCGGUUCGUAUGGGACGAACAAGAUGACAGAGGGGGUACCUUACGGGUUCCCACAUUACCUCCUUCACUAGCAUCCCUGACUGUUUAUGUUAUUCGUAGCGUAUCAUAUCGUACUUGGAAGUGGAACCAGAACUGCAACACCGAGCGAAGGAAGGAAGUCAGUGAUGUUCGGAGGGAUGUAAUUCCUUAUAACCUCUAAAUACAGGAGCUGGAGGCCACUGUGGAGGGAUUUCCAGUUUGCAGAAAAGUGAUUUUGUCGUAUGGGAGGAUGAAGAAGAAUCAUCAAGUGAAGAAGAAUCAAGCGAAGUUGAUAUCGACAUGUGUUCUCAUUCAGUCGCACCUCCUUAUAUGGCUAGAAAACCUGGAUGAUGUCUGAUGUGUCUGAUGUGUCGUGGAAAGCAUGUGUCGUGGCGCCCCUUGAUUUUAAGGGAAAGCACGGCCGAUCAGGACGCGACAGAUCCAGGAAAUUUAAGCAUUCACUUCUACUUCUACUCCAGGAAAUUUAAUCAUUACUGGCCAGCACUUCUACUCCUACAGAAGUCCUUCUACUAGAACCAGUAGCAAAACAUCUGUAGAUGAAAGAACAGUAGAGGAAAAAAGGAACAACGGAGACCCAAGAACUCGGACGAAGAACUGGGACUCUUCCAGUAGAAGUAGAUCUAGAAGAAGGAGCGCAAGUCGAAGUAGCAAGAUCUGGACGUGGGAUACCUUUGAUGCGUAUGAAGAAGGGGAAAUCGUCGUAGAUAUUUACUACAAAGCGUAUAGGGUGCUGCCUGCUUCGUAG